AGUUACAAAUUCCCGCCAUACAAAAUGUACAAUGUAGCUGGCGCUGAUGUUGAGAGUGUUCGCAGUAGCGCGCGAAACAUGUGCGGUCGAGCAGCUUGUUCCUUGGAUCCAGAGAAUGUGGGUCGAGCUUGCGAUUAUAAGGAUGGUACCGGCAAGCGUUGUGUCACCGCUUGGACUAAAAGCGAUGUCGAAUACGUACCAUCGUAUAACAUCGGGCCGAAAGACGUUUUACCGUGCCUUGUCGCCGGAUCGCAUUUCGGACAAAAAGAUGAGAGGGUACUUUGUGCUAUGAUGUGGAGCAUGAUUCCCCCCUGGCACGAGGGUGACUAUAGGAAACAUUCCUUAUCAACGCAUAAUGCACGCCUAGAGAAUCUCCAGAGCUCUAAAUUAUAUGCACCGUCGCUCACUCGAGGACAGAGAUGCAUUGUAAUUUGUGAAGGCUAUUACGAAUGGAAAGCUGAGAAGAUGAAAAACAAGCCUAAACAACCAUAUUACAUUUAUGCUGCUCAAGAAAAAGGUGUUAAAGUAGAUGAUCCUACAACGUGGAAGGACGAGUGGUCAGAAACAGAUGGUUGGAAGGGAAUCAAUAUUUUGAAAAUGGCAGGAAUAUUUAAUAAAUUCAAGACAGGAGAUGGUAAAAUAAUACACAGUUGUACAAUAGUUACAAGAGAGUCUAAUGAUGUUUUUUCAUGGUUACAUCAUCGUAUACCAGUGUUUUUAAAAACAGAAGAAGAUAUACACAUUUGGCUAAAUGAGGAGCUAUCAUUGGCUGAAGCUGCUAACAAAUUAUGUAAAUUAACAAUAUCAGAAGGUGAUUUGAGUUGGCAUACAGUUUCGACUUUUGUAAACAAUGUGACAAAUAAAAGUAAAGACUGUAGAAAGGAGAUAAAGGCUGGAGAGGAGAAAAAAAGUAACCCUAACACAUUUAUGGCUUCCUGGCUGAAGAAGGGGACUGUGGAAGCAGCUAAGCGAAAAAGCACAAAUACCGAUAUUGACCGUAGCGAAAUGAAAUGUUCAUCUUUGCAGCAUAUACGUAAUGAGUGCAGCAAUUUUACAUACACAAGCAAUGAAUCAAAGAAACCACAGAACAAGAAUUUGAACCGUUACAGAGAUGUUGCUCCGUACGAUCAUAGCAGAAUUGUCCUUAAGAAGGGGAUAUGCGAUUAUAUCAAUGCCAACCUCAUUCAGGUUGAUCGAGCACACAGACAAUAUAUUCUGACUCAAGGACCAUUGGAAAACACGGCUGGUCAUUUUUGGUUAAUGGUAUGGGAGCAAGCCUCGAAAGCAGUGUUAAUGUUAAAUAAAAUAAUUGAAAAGAAUCAAGUUAAAUGUUAUCAGUAUUGGCCUCUUGGUGAUUCAUCGGAUGAUGCGAUGACAUUUAUCGAUGUCGGUAUAAAAGUAGAAUAUGUCAGCAAAACGGAAUCAUCGGAUUACACAACUAGAAUAUUGAAAUUAACAAAUUUGGAAUCAAAAGAAAGUAGGGAAAUACUACACUUUCACUAUACUACUUGGCCAGAUUUCGGUGUGCCACAGAGUCCAACAGCCUUUCUUCGUUUUCUGGCCGACGUCAGGCAAUCAGGAGCAUUAGAUCAAAAUGUUGGGCCACCGGUUGUGCAUUGUUCCGCAGGUAUCGGGAGGUCAGGAACAUUUUGCUUAGUCGACACAUGCCUUGUUUUGAUAGAAGAAAACGGAUUAAAUUCUGUAAAUGUUAGAGAUGUAUUGAUCGAAAUGAGAAGAUCUAGAAUGGGUUUAAUUCAAACGCCGGAACAAUUAAGAUUUUCAUACGCUGCUAUCAUCGAAGGAGCAAAACAAUUGCCAUCGAAUAACGUGAAUGUUGAUAACGAGAUAGACACGAAUCAUUACGACGUAGUUAAUAAUAUUAGCCAUUCUCCGAUCGAAGAAGAAGAUGAACCGCCUCCUUUGCCACCUCCACGAGGUGAAUCCUUAACACGUAGUAUGAUGGCGGAUUUGACUUCAAAUGCAACGACAAGAAACGAUGAAUUAGGUGGACCUCCUGAUAAACCAUUACCCAGCGAGCCGCCAAUUCAAACGGAAACAUCCACUGCUGUGCCGCCUGCAAAUUCGGCAAUAAUCACGAAUAACGUACACGAGAACAAUUCCGAUGGUGUUUCAAUACCUACCGAAACUACUAGCGACGGUGAAAACUCUUUGCAGACAAGUAGUCCUCCGUCCAGUCCAGAUAUGAAAAGCGAAAUACGUCUGCGUCACAAAGAAAAGAAGGAACGUUUGGCAGCAUAUGUACGGGAAAUCAAGCGUCGACAAAAGGAGACAGAAGAAUGGCAAAAGCUCAAGAGGUCAUUAUUUAAGCCCCUUUCAAUAGGCAUAGGUGCCGCAAUUGUUGGUGGGGGUAUUCUAGCAAUCUGUGGCUACUUGUACAUGCGUGGUUAGGAUCGAAUUGUUUCCAUGUCGCGCGUGUACAAUAGAUCUUUGAGCUGUCAGUGAUACUAGGAGAUUCGCACAUUCAAGAAUAGUUACUUUCACCACGAGAUAUUUAACAGCAUUAUAAAUUGCACAUGUCAUUGCUUGUCGUCGUGAGAAAGGAAUCGAUCAGGGAGGAGAAGCAUUCGGUAUUACAUAAUUGAAAGCACCGAAAAGUGGUCCGAGAACGUACUGCAGUCAGUAACACAAUUCAUUCGAGUAGCAGAUUUUGGAGAGAACAGUUGUCGGAGUAACGUUGGAAACGAAGUAACUUAUUCUAAGGAAGUGCGUCUGUAAAGGAUAUUGUUGCACGUCAAAGAUGCUAACGAGGAAAUGGUUGAAAGGUUGAUGACAAAAGGAGAAAAAGGGGAGGUCUUCAAUUUGUAUUUUUAUAUUGUGAUUUACUCGAUGAGUACGUAGAAUAUUAGACGGUUAUACAUUCUUUUAAAGAUUCUUUUCAUUAGGUUCCCUUGACAGUCGAAGUUCUUGGAAGCGAGUAGAUUAUUUCGUGCUCAUGUUCCCAAUUAUGAUGAAGGAAUAGGAGGUGCAUUGAGUCGGACAUUUUUUUGUUGGCAUUGUUAAAUCAGAAAUAAGUCUAUCAUUUGCACCUGGUGCUUGAAAAGGAAAAAAAAAAGAAAGAAACCUACGUAAGGGUCUAAAAGAAGCGAUGAGUCAAUGCCUUCUUACUCAUACGUCGUAAUAACCGUAGGCUUUCAUAUACGAUAGACAUUAUAACGAAGUGGGUGCACGGACGUUUCUCAGUCAGCCAGCUUAAUUAUUUGCUUUCUAAUACAGAGACGUAAACAAGUAUUACUUUUAUCGUGUCUAGAUUUUAGUUCCCUCUAUUUAUCUGAUCAACUUCGCCAAACGAUAUUCGGAGUUUAAAGACGAACACGAGCGAGGUCUCUCUUUGAUUUCAACGGUUUCCAAAUGAAUUCGAUGUAUCGUCAGUAAUUGUCCAGGGUAUCAAAAUCGUUCGCUUAAGAGUUUUACAAGCACCCGAUCACUUCGCUUAGACUCUAAUGAAAUAUAUUCGUGAUAGACGUAGAGAAAUGUUAACGAUUCUAACUAUAGUACACACAGUGAAUGUUUUUUAACUAACUUGCCCGACAAAGUAGAAUCCAAUCUUCUAUUAGAAUAUCCUCAAAAAAAAAGGAGAUACUAUACUACAACUAGCAUAAGCCAUACCAAUGACAUACCAUGGCCCAUUCUAUACGUUGGACAUGCUGUUUCUUUCAAAUUAUCGCGAUUUUCAUUCGACACUUGUUCCUGGGGCUAUGAGUAAAGAGGUAUACUUCUGA